AUGCGCGCGGAUACAAAAUCCAGGGUGGGACUUUUUGCCUCUAAAAUUAGGCCCCAGCUUCACUGAUUUUUAUACCCUUCUAUUUGAACUUCAAAAUUAUUCUUUCUUGUUCAAACAUGUCCAUCGCUCGUAACGCCAUUCGCUCCAUUGCCGUCAAGCCUGCUCGCGUUGCCGUUCCUGCUAUGGCCGCUCGUAGCUUCUCUGUUGCUGCUGUCAUGAAGAAGGAUGUUCUUCAAGAUUUGUUCUUGAAGGAAUUGAAAGCUUACAAGCCUCAACCUGUUGCUACCACUGACGACAACGUUGCCAAGGACUUGAAGCUUCCUCCUGCUCCUGCUGUUCCUGAAAUUGAAGCUGAUAUCAGUCAACAAUUGGCCGCUUAUGAUGCUGAACCCGAGGAAGUUGCUCACUAAAUCAUACUAGAUUAAAGAGAGAGAAAAUAACAACAAACAGACAAAAAGCCAACAUGCAAAUAUGAUUGAUGUUUUUGACGGCAUAAAAUAAAACAAUAUAGUGUAAAUUAUAAACGACAAGUUUUCAUAUUGGAUGAGUGCCUUUUUUUUAUUUAUUUUUUUCAUCAGAUAAAAGAAGACAAGGAAAAGGUCUAAUGACAUGUGUAAAAAGGGGAUCCUAAGCGGGAAUUACCUAUCUAAAGAUAUCCUCAUUGGCUUAAAUUGACUUUCAUCUACAC